AUGGGACAGGAUAUUCCUUUUAUUACCACCUUGCACGGUACUGAUAUUACACUCGUUGGUAAAGACCAGACUUAUGCUCCUGUAGUUACGUUUUCGAUCAAUGAAUCAGAUGCGAUUACAGCAGUGUCCAGCAACCUGCGGGAUGAAACCUACCAGUUCUUUAAUAUUGAAAAGGAGAUCCAGGUCAUUCCCAACUUUGUAGACAUCGCCCGCUUUCACCAGAGUGACAAGCAGCAUUUUAAAAAGAUGGUGGCUCCCAAUGGCGAACGUAUCCUGGCCCACGUCUCUAACUUCCGCAAGGUAAAAAGAGUGGAAGAUGUGGUGCAGGUAUUUGCGGCGGUACACAAGGAGAUCAACUGUAAAUUACUGAUGAUCGGCGACGGGCCGGAACGGCAACAUGCCGAAGAGCUGAGCCGGUCGCUGGGUAUUUAUAAUGACAUCCGCUUCCUCGGCAAACAGGAACAAAUGGAUGAAAUUUUAAGCAUUGCUGAUUUAUUCCUCUUGCCUUCCUCUUAUGAAAGCUUCGGGCUGGCAGCACUGGAAGCGAUGGCUUGCGGGGUGCCCGUGAUCUCUACCAAUGCCGGUGGCAUUCCCGAGAUCAAUGUGCAGGGAAAGACCGGUUUCCUCAGUAAUAUCGGCGAUAUUGAAGAUAUGUCCCGGAAUGCUAUUCAUAUUUUAAAGGAUGAACAAACCCUGCAAAUGUUCAAGGAUGCGGCCAUUGCCCAUGCCGAAACUUUUGACAAGCAUACGAUCAUCCCGGUUUAUGAAGCGCUUUAUGAAGAGGUGAUUGCGAAGUACUGCCGGAAAAAUAAUUGUACCCCCAAGACGUUGUAG